CGGCGCUGCUUUACGGCACAGUGACGUGGACGUCAACACUGCAUCAUGGCGGAGCUGGAGGAAACGUCGUCGCUCUCCUCGCCUUCUCCUCCCGGGUCCCCAGCACCGGUCCCGCUGGAGGAGGCAGAGCCGGACACCUGGGAGACAGAUCUUGCCGAGGCUCUGGAAGCAGGAGGCUGUGACCUUGAAACAGUACGGAACAUCAUCCAAGGACGGCUAAUUCCAUCAGAUCUCAGGGCAAAAGUAUGGAAGAUUGCACUAAACGUGGCAGGAAAAGGCGACAGUUUAGCCUCGUGGGAUGGUUCUUUAGAUCUUCCAGAACAGACACUGAUUCACCAGGACUGUGAGAAUCUUAUCGAUCAGCUCGCCAUACCAGAAGAUCAGAAAUCUGCAGUUCUGAAGGAUGUUGAAUCUGUUGUGACUUUUUACUGUAAAUCCCGCAAUGUUAAAUACCAUGAAGGUGUCAGUUGGAUAUAUCUUCUGAAGCCACUAGUGGACCUACAGUUGCCACGCAGUGAUUUAUACAAUUGCUUCUAUGCAAUCAUGAAUAAGUACAUCCCCAGGGAUUGUUACAAAAAAGGAAAACCUUUUCAUUUAUUUCGGUUGCUCCUGCAGUACCACGAGCCAGAGCUAUGUUCCUUUCUAGACACAAAGAAGAUUACUCCUGAUCUCUAUGCACUAAAUUGGUUUGGGAGCCUCUUUGCAUAUCAUUGCCCAGUGGACGUCACUCAAGCUAUCUGGGACAGUUACUUACAGCAGGGGGAUCCGUUUAUUAUGUACUUCUUAAUGCUCAUCAUGCUCGUCAAUGCCAAGGAAAUUCUUCUUGCUCAAGAAACUGAUGGCAAAGAAGAAUAUAUAAAACUUCUGGAAAGCUCUCCUUCAAAUUUGGAAGCAGGGGAUAUUGAGGAUCUAUUUAAUUUAGCACAGUAUUACUACAGUAAGACACCCGCUUCAUUUCGCAAGAAUCACAACAGUCUGUUCGGAAGCAGUUUGAUAGCUCUCAAAGAUGAUACUGACCUGAGCCAGGCUCUGUGUUUAUCAAUUUCUGUAUCGGAAAUUCUUCAAGCAAAUCAGCAGCAAGGGGACGGAGUACGGUUCUUUGUGGUGGACUGUCGACCUGCAGAGCAGUACAAUUCUGGCCACCUCUCAACAGCCUUUCACUUGGAUUCUGACUUGAUGCUGCAAAACCCAGGGGAAUUUGCUCUGUCUGUGAAAUCUCUUCUGGAAGCUCAGAAACAGUCCAUUGAGUCAGGCUCUGUGGCUGGCGGAGAGCACCUGUGCUUUAUGGGCAGUGGUAGGGAAGAGGAAGACAUGUACAUGAAUAUGGUCCUGGCUCAUUUUUUACAGAAAAACAAGGAAUACGUCUGCAUAGCCAAAGGAGGAUUCAUGGUGCUGCAGCAGCAUUUAGCUGACAUCAACGUUGAUGGCCCAGAUAAUGGAUAUGGACACUGGAUCAUUAGCACAACUGGAUCCCGGAGCAGCAUGAGUUCUUAUGCUGAUGGUGAUUCUUCUAAUGGAAUGGGAGAUGGGAAAGGGGUGAAGUCCCUUGUAAAUAAAAUGACAGUGGCUUUAAAAACAAAGUCUGUCAACGUGAAAGAAAAAGUAAUCAGUUUCAUCGAGAACACAUCCACGCCAGUAGAAAGAAUCUCUUUCAAUCUUCCAUGGCCAGAGAGGGCGAGUUUGGAGCGGCACAUAAGCAGCAGUGAUCGACUUGGAAAGCCGUAUCGUGGUGUAAAACCUGUAUUCAGCAUUGGUGAUGAAGAGGAAUAUGACACGGAUGAAAUUGACAGCUCCUCCAUGUCGGACGAUGAUCGCAAAGAAAUUGUUAACAUCCAAACCUGGAUAAACAAACCUGACAUCAAACAUCAUUUUCCAUGUAACGAGGUGAAGGAAAAUGGUCACAUGUUUCCCAGCCACCUCCUGGUAACUGCAACCCACAUGUAUUGUCUGCGAGAAAUUCAGUCUAGAAAAGGAUUUGCCUAUAUACAGUCUCGGCAAGCAUUAAGCUCUGUUGUGAAGAUUACAUCAAAAAAGAAACAUCCAGAACUUAUCACCUUUAAAUAUGGAAACAGCAGUUCCUCUGGUGUUGAAAUAUUAGCUGUGGAAAGGUACUUAAUCCCAAAUGCAGGAGAUGCUACCAAAGCCAUAAAACAGCAAAUUAUUAAAGUCCUCGAUGCCUUAGAAAGCUAACAACACGAUCUUUGGUAUAUUUCAAAUGAAUGCCGACUGCAGGAAAAGAGAACUUUGCUGGUGGGGUGAUACGAUAGUUUGACUUAUUUAAUUUUCCUGGGGUUCUAUUUCAUACCACUCCUUUUGCAUACGUUUUUUGUAUAUUAAUUUUGAGACAAGCAUCAUUAUAUCUGACUUGACUGUUAGAAUAUAAAAUCCAUACAGGAGGUAUUUAACUAAAUUCUAAAAAAACAAAUGUAAGAUAAAUGAUGCAGUUUUUAAAAAAAAUAUCAGCAGAAACCCGUGUUAAUAUAUUCCAGAUGCUUGGAUUAAAAAGGAGGGGGAGCAGCUGUGAAUUUGGAUUUACAGUUUGCAAGUCUGCAAUGUGAAGCACAGGAAAUGUUUCUUGAAAGGAUUCAGGGAUCUGUCAAAAUGGAGGUCUGAUGAGAGCCUACAGAAAGAAUUCCUGUUUAAUUUAAACCAAAUCUCUAGUACCUGCGCUGUACUAAACAAGUGGUAUUUCUAAUUCAGUUUACGACCAACUAGCUGCUAUGGUAAUGUAAUUGCCAUUAUUAAUUUGAUUACAGAUUUUAAGACCUUCAAUAGCUGAUGACGUACAUGGGAUGAUAAUUUACCAGGUGAAUAUUAACGGCUUGCACACUUCCAGAGGUUGAUUGACGUAAGGCCAAUUUUCCCCAGCCUAGUUGAGCAGGAAAAAGCAUUGCAGUUUAGAGAUUAUCCUUGGGCUUGGAAGGGACUUGCCCCAGGAAUUGAAUGCCGAGUAAGGUUUCCACAACAGGGCUAUUAAAGAAUUUCUGCUUUUACAUAGGACUUGCUUUAGUUUCAGAGUAUGAAUGAGCCAGUCACAUUAAGCUGGCUAGGUUAGGCCCCGAGGUGAUAACUGGUGUCUUUUUAUUGAUGACUCUAUCACUACGGCUAACGUACCUAAACAUUAACACUCCCUUAGUCUUAAACAUAAAGCAGCUUAAGUUGGCUUAGCCCUUUUCUAUGAACACAGUAUUUUUUUUCCUUCUGCUAAAUACUGCACUAAAUAAAAAGUUUUUUUUAUAAUUUUCAGAUGUAUAAAGCUGUAUACAGGAAAAAAAAAUGUUGUUUCUUUGAUAUUAUGCCACUUUGAGGUGAAUAAAACCCAUAUGUGCAAUGUGUUAUCGGACAGCCCCAGCGGAUAUUGGGCUGUACUUUCACUGCCAGAAAUCCUGCAUUGUGUGAAAUUAAGAAAUAUUGGGCAUGGGGGAAUGUUUAUUAAGCACACAAGGCCAGAUUGAACCUUACAUGCAUUUAAUCUUUUACCGAUUAAAACUAUAUAAAUAAAUAACAAAAUCCCAGGUAUCGUGGGAUAAUGCAGAGAUGUCAAUGAAGAAAAUAGGCCUCAUUAAAAUUCUAAUGCUAAUUCGUAGUUUGAAUUUGUUAUAUUAACUUGUACAUUGCAUUUAACAAAAUAAUCCACAAUUGGUAAAUAAAACAUUAGUAAAAUCA